UUUAAAAUUAUUGAGGAACUGGCAUACUUUUUUCCACAGUGGCUGUAGGAAUUUACAUUUCCACCAACAGUGCAUGAGUGUUCCUUUUUCUCCACAUUCUCAUCAACGCUUGUUAUUUCUUGUCUCGUCGAGUCCAGCCAUUCUGAGAGGUGUAAGGUGGUAUCUCAUUGUGGUGUUGAUUUGCAUUUCCCUGAUGAUGAGUAAUGUUGAACAUCUUUUGAUGUGUCUGUUGGCCAAGGGAAAUUAAUUUUCAAUAAAAAGAUGCAAUUUUGGGGGUGCCUGGGUAGCUCAGUUGGUUAAGCGUCUGACUAUUUCGGCUCAAAAAUUAAAAAAAAAUUUUUUUUAAGUAUAUAAUUUGAGGUGCCUGAAUGGCUUGGUUGGUUGAGCAUCCUACUUUGGCUUGGGUCAUGAUCCCGCAGUUUGAGAGUUCAAGCCCCACAUCCAGCUUACUGCUUGCUGUCAGCUCUGAGCCCAAUUCGGAUCCUCUGUUCCUCUUUGUCUCUGCCCCCCUCCCUUGCUUGCACUCUCUCAAAAAUAAAUAAGCCUUUAAAAAAAUAAAAAGUAUGCAAUUUUUGUUACUGCAUUUAUGAAAAAAUUCAUUUUUUAAUUUUUUAAAGUUUAUUUAUUUUGAGAGAGAGAGAGAGAGCACGCAUGUGAGUAGGGGAGAGGCAGAGAGAGAGGGAAAGAGAGGGAGACAGAGAAUCCCCAGCAACUGACAAUGCAGAGCCUGCAGGGCUUGAACUCAUGAACAGUGAGAUCAUCACUUGAACUGAGAACAGUAAGAUCAUCACCUGAGCUGAAACCAAGAGUCCGAUGCUUAAUUGGCUGAGCCAUCCAGGCGCCCCUAUGAAAAAAUUCUUUAAGUGGAUCUGAAGUUUUCAUCAGAACUUCAAAUGGGUUAGUGGCCCAGAAGAGUUUCAUCAUUGUUUAUCUGGUUGAUUUCAACUUCCCAACAUCUUAUCUUCACGACUACAGUCCUCUGAUAAGGGCUAAAGAAAAACAAAAUCAUUGAAGGUUACACAAAUAAACUGUUCUCCUUCUGGUAAUGGGGAACUAUUUUGUUGUAGACCAACCCUUGUAACAACAACACCAAUAACAACACUAGCAAGAGGAAGUUGGUUUCAAAGCAUUGGGGAGCUAUCAUGGCACUGAAGAUUUGAGGCACAUGAAGGUAACAACAUAACCAUGAACAUGAUGGAUCCAUGUUUAUGGAUCCAUGAACGGUGAUCAGCCAUUCUUCCUCUAAUUUCUUGGAAUUAGGUAAUCCCUAGAAUCUUGAUGUAAUCCCAAAGGAUCAUCUGAAGAAUGACUUAUAUGAAAUUUCUUAUCAUCCAGUGGUAUUAUAGGAAACAACAAUAAUAAUCUCUUAAAUUGAAAAUAAUGAGAUGCUCUAUAUUUUGUAUUGUGAGUCUGUAGACCAAAAAUAUCUUAAACACAUUUGUGUGGGAAAAUAUCGGAGUCUAAAUAUCUCUUAGAAGGUAGUGCUUGCCUCCACCUAUUGAUUAAGUUGUCUUUAUCUAAAUUCUUAAACAGGAGAAUCAAACUGGGUCUGCUUAGUUCAAUCAUGGACAGUAAUUUUCAAAAGGGCAACACAGUGCUGUUUUCUUAAAAGCAUUUGUUUCAAAUUGCUGAUUCACUCCUGAUGUCCCCUUCAAAAGAGUUCAGGUCAAAAGGACAAUAUGCAUUUUGACUCUAAUAGUAUGUGAUUUUAUUUUCAAUCCAUACAAGUUAUUAUCUUUUCCAUUGCUAGUUUUUGCAUGACUCCCUUAUUAGACUCAAAUAUCCCAUAUUUGUCUGUACAUCUGACCUGAACCUACAAGUCUCCUUUUGAUCUAAUCUCCCAUUCUCCCUAUUAAUUUUUCAUUUUGUUUUUUGUUUUGAUCCUGUUUGCCUUUGCUCAUAUCAUCUCAGCGCUCUAUUCAAAGUCUUGCUACUGUAAUCUAGAAAUGUAUAAGGAAUGAAAAGAACAAAAGAAAAUGGAGCACAGGGUUGCCAGUGGUCAAGAGCAGAAAGUAACUUAGGGAGCACAUACCGGAGAUGGGCAAUGAGCAAAUAGGUCUUUAAACUGAUUUUCCUACAUAUAAAGUUUACAAAUUUUCUUUGGACCAUCUCAUACCUUGGGUUUGUGUUUCUUUAUCUCUGAGGGGAACUGGAGGCAGAUGCAUAUGUUUUAUAACCACUUCUCCUUUCCCUCUUACGACUUGUUGUAUCUCUCUAACCAACCCCAGGGAGAAUUUCCUGGGCUUUUACUACUGUUCUCAAUAUCUAUUUUAUCAUUCACUGUAACUAUGCCAUCACUUUAAAAGCUUGUUGAGUACAGUAUGCACCUAUUCAUAUUAGGAUUUUUUUUUUUUUGUAUUCAAGACUUCCCACUUGAGAAUGUGGAGAUAUUUGUGAUAUUAAUAAAGAGAAAGGUCUACAUUCUAGAGACUGUAUGUUUUGAAGGAUCCCCAAGCUCCUGAGUAAUUAGAAGAAAUUAAUGAAGGCUGUCUUUGAUGUUAUACCACUUCAAGCUCCCCCUUACCUACUCAGGGAGAUAAUAAAAGAUGACUAACCUAUGCCCAAUAUUGGUCUUGAUGCAAUAAGAAUGUUUCAUCGCUUUGCAGAUAGAUUCCAGAAUCUUCCAUUUUGCAGUCAUAUUCCUGAGCAAUGUCUGUAGAUCUUUAUGUAAUUUCUAUAUUAACCCUUAUUACUGAAGCCAUAUCUAGUCAAUCAGACUUUUGCUUACUUCUAAGACCCUCUUCAAUACAUGGAUUAAAAUUUACAUAGAAUCAAAUUUGGCUUGGGAGCACUUAAAUUAAGGCCUACAAAUAAAUUUCUUUUAGGGCAUAUGAAAUUUUCUAUUUUGCACACCAGAAUAGGAAUCAGAAAUCUUAUGUCAGGAAUUGACACAUAAUCUGAAAUUCAUGUCAAAGUUCCAAUGAGCAGUUUGGGAUAUGUUUCUCAAUUUCCUCUUAUUUCUCCUAGUAUUUUUAAAAUAACUUGAAACUUAUCCAAACCACAACUUCUUCUUCAAGAUACAGUUUUUACCAGAAGUCCCUUAGCCUCAUAAGAGUGUUUAGCAGUUUGUCUCUGAGCUCUGACCUCUUUGACUGAAGCAGAGCUCUGGUGACAUCUUCAGAGCAAGUGGUGAAAAAGAGCCUCCUGAAUCUUCUGAAUACAGAAGAUAAUGGUACGAGAAGGGCAACCUCAAGAUAGAGAGAAAGCAGUAUGGCGGUCCCAAGUAAGAUUCUGGUCUGUUGCUGUGAUUUCCAUAGCACUCCUCAGUGCUUGUUUCAUUGUGAGCUGUGUGGUGACUUACCAUCUUACAUAUGGCAAAACUGGCCAAAGGCUGUCUGAACUACACACACACCACUCAGGUUUAACCUGCUUCAGUGAAGGGACAAGCAUGAGAGGGAAUGUCUGGGCAUGUUGCCCAUGUGCUUGGAAGUCAUUUGGUUCCAGCUGCUACUUCAUUUCUACUGAGCAGAAUUUUUGGUCAAAGAGUGAACAGAACUGUGUUGCAAUGGGUGCUCACUUGGUGGUGAUCAACACAGAAGCAGAGCAGAAUUUCCUUGUCCAGCAACUGAAUGAAUCAUUGUCUUAUUUUCUGGGACUCUCAGAUACACAAGGGAAUGACAAUUGGCAAUGGAUUGAUCAGACACCUUACAAGGAAAAUGUCAGGUUAUGGCACCAGAAUGAGCCCAAUUUUUCUGCAGAAGAAUGUGCUUCAAUAGUUUUCUGGGAAAACAGAGGAUGGGGCUGGAAUGAUGUUUUCUGUGAUACUAAGAGAAACUCAAUAUGUGAGAUGAAGAAGAUUUAUCUCUGAAUGGAACUUUAUUCACUGACACCUUUAAAGUUAAGACCUAUCAUAAAAUGAUAAUUUCCUCUUA